UGUGUGCUAUAGGAGAACAUUUUAACGUUGGUGCGUCGCAACAACAUAUCUCUAUACAUGUGUCCGUCAGUAUCCAGUGUUCGUUGAGCUCUGUGUACUGUAGUUUAACUCUGGUGGUAGACAGAAGGAGCCGCAUGCUGUGACUGGUCCUGUCGUCGAGCCGCAGCUACAAUGUUGCCCUCCACCUGUACCGCGGUUCGGUCUGUUGUCAGGCUGCUGCCACGGACAAGCUGGAGUCAAGGAUGUGUGUCGUGCCCAUGCAGAAACAUUUCUGUGAAACCAGGAGGUUUGAAACCAAAGACCGUUCCUCCUCGGUACCUGGGCCAGCCAAGCCCUUUCUCUCACCCACACAUCAUCAAACAUGGUGAGGUGACCCCAGGCUUGAGCCAGACAGAAUACGAGUUCCGCAGACACAGACUUGCCUCACUUAUCGAGGCCCAGGCGGACAAGCUGGGACCCUCUGCCUCCUCUGGCAACCACGUGGUCAUUGUUUUGUCCCAUCCGACCCGCUACAUGACCAAUGACAUCCCUUAUCCCUUCCACCAGAACCAGGAUUUCCUCUACCUCAGUGGCAUGUUAGAGCCCGACAGUGCCUUGGUUCUUUAUGGGAAAGGGCGACCAGACCAGUCCAUCUUGUUCGUCCCCCGCAGAGACCCAGGGAGAGAGCUGUGGGACGGGCCCCGCUCAGGGAAGGAUGGGGCGGCCGCUUUGACCGGCAUUGAGAGAGUUCAUAGCACAGAAGAACUGGGUGUUGUGCUCAAGAGCCUUAAAGGCACUCUGCUGUGGUACGACAGUUCUCAGCCAGCCCACCCUCGGCUUCACCAGGUGCAUGUGGCUCCCGUGCUAGAGGCCGGGCCAAUUGCGCGUACUCUCAGACCCCUCUUACACUCUCUCAGGGCCAUCAAGAGCUCAGCAGAGGUGGCACUCAUGCAGGAAGCAGGCCGCAUCACAGCACAGGCUUUCAGGAGGACGAUGGCUCUGUCUUGUGGAGACGUGGAUGAAGCUGUGCUCUUUGCUAAGUUUGAUUUUGAGAAUCGAAUCCAUGGCGCCAACUUCCUGGCUUAUCCGCCUGUGGUUGCUGGAGGAAAUCGAGCCAAUACUCUGCACUACAUAAACAACAACCAGAUUAUUAAGGACGGAGAAAUGGUGCUGCUUGAUGGCGGUUGUGAAUACUUUGGUUAUGUCAGUGAUGUCACACGAACAUGGCCAGUGAACGGGAAGUUCAGCCCUGCCCAGGCCGAGCUGUACGAGGCUGUCCUGGAGGUCCAGCGCUCCUGUUUGUCUCUGUGUUCCCCAGGCGUCAGUCUAGAUCACAUCUACAGCACGAUGCUGGCUCUGCUGGGACGACAGCUCAGGCAGCUAGGUAUCAUCAAGGCCAGUACCAGUGAUGCUGAUGUUCUGAAGGCUGCGCGGCGGUACUGCCCACAUCACGUUGGUCAUUACCUGGGCAUGGACGUCCAUGACACUCCUGAGCUGUCCCGCUCACAACCUCUACAGCCAGGAAUGGCCAUCACCAUAGAACCAGGGUUGUACAUCAGCGACGACAACGAUCAGGCCCCAGAGCGUUUCCGGGGCCUAGGUGUCAGGAUUGAGGAUGACGUGGUGAUCCAAGACAAGGGAGGCCCUCUGAUUCUAUCGUCCGAUGCACCGAAGACCAUCGCUGACGUAGAGCAGGCCUGCGCCCAGAGAUAGGGCAGGGAGAGACAGACAAGUGACCAAGUGAGCCACAGCAGUCGAUGGCAGGCAGUGUGCUGUGAUUUUCAACUGUCUCCACGGUGAUCACGUCAUCAGGCUCAGGGCCCAGGUACAUGAAAGGUGGGAGCGCACUGUGGUGUGCAAGACUGUGGUUUCAGUCUCAGCAAGGCCGCGAAAAAUGUAGAAACGUGGUGUGGAGGAUCAUUGGUUUUUGUGGACGAUGAUCUGCCUAAAUAUUCAAAGAAACACAGUGGAUUUAUGUUUUGUUGGCAAGUUCUCCCACACCACUGUCUUCAGUCAAAUUAGCUGUUGUCAACAUGAGCGCAGAAAGUCUUGUCAACAUAUUACUGAACAAGACGUUGCACUCAUUACACUUAUCAAUCCUGCAGAAGACUGUAAGUUCCAAAGCAGAAAACCAAACAA